CAUCCAUGGAGAGUAGGAUCAAUAGACUUCAUUAUCGGUGGAGAAUAGACUCGGCCUGAUUCCGUGUUCUGUAGCCUCAAGAAUCGAAAGAAAAUGGCAUUUCGGAUAAAUCGCCUGAAAUCUGUGAUGGUACCCCUUUGGAAUCUGUCAAAAAUUGACCCUGAAUAAAUCCGCCCAAAUCGAUGCUUAAUGGACUCAAUCAUUGUUGGAGAAUAGCCUCAGGCCGAAUCCGUGAUCUGUAGCCUUCAAUAUCCAAAGAAAAUGGCCUUUCGUCGCCCAAAAAGUUACGAAAAUGCAUCUGAAAAUAAAUUGGCCCAAAUCGGUGCUUAAUGGACUUAUCAUCGGUGGAGAAUAGGAUCAAUACACUUCGUUAUCGAUGGAGAAUAGCCUCGGCCUGAUUUCGUAAUUUGUAACCUCCUGAAUCGAAAGAAAAUGGCAUUUCGGAUAAAUCGAUAGAAAUUUGAGAUAGUACCCCUUUGGAAUCUUCCAAAAUUUGACCGGAAAUAAACCCGCCCAAAUUAGUGCUUGAUGGACUCAAUCAUCGUUUGAGAAUAGUCUUAGGCCGAAUCUGUGGUCUGUAGCCUUCAAUAUCCAAAGAAAAUGGCCUUUCGUCUCCCAAAAAAUUACGAAAAUGCCAUCCAAAAAUAAAUUGGCCCAAAUUGGUGCUUAAUGGACUUAUCAUCCGUGGAGAAUAGAAUCAAUAAAAUUCAUUAUUGGUGGAGAAUAGCCUAGACCCUAUUCCGUGAUCUAUAGCCUCCAGAAUCAAAAGAAAAUAACAUUUCGGAAAAAUCGCCUGAAAUCUGUGAUGGUACCCCUUUAGAAUCUGCCAAAAUUUGACCCGGAAUAAAUCCACCCAAAUCAGUGCUUAAUGAACUCAAUCAUCGUUGGAAAAUAGCCUUACGCCGAAUCCGUGAUCUGUAGCCUUCAAUAUCCAAAUAAAAUGGCCUUUCGUCGCCCAAAAAAUUACGAAAACGCCAUCCGAAAAGAAAUUGGCCCAAAUCGGUGUUUAAUGGACUUAUCAUGCAUGGAGAAUAGGAUCAAUAGACAUCAUUAUAGGUGGGGAAUAGCCUCGACCUUAUUCCGUAAUCUGAAGCCUCCAGAUUCGAAAGAAAAUGGCAGUUCGGAAAAAUCGCCUGAAAUCUGUGAUGGUACCCCUUUAGAAUCUGCCAAAAAUUUACACGGAAUUAAUCCGUCCAAAUCGGUGCUUAUUGGACUUAAUCAUCGUUGGAGAAUAGCUUCAGGCUGAAUCCGUGUUCUGUAGCCUUCAGAAUCGAAAGAAAAUGGCAUUUCGGAUAAAUUGCCCGAAAUCUGUGAUAGUAACCCUUUGGAAUCUGCAAAAAAUUGACCCGGAAUAAAUCCGCCCAAAUCGGUGCUUAAUGGACUCAAUCAUCGUUGGAGAAUAGCUUCAGGCCGAAUACGUGAUCUGUAGCCUUCAAUAUCCAAAUAAAAUGGCCUUUCAUCAACCAAAAAAUUACGAAAACGCCGUCCGAAAAUAAAUUGCCCCAAAUCGGUGCUUAAUGGACUUAUCAUUCGUAGAGAAUAAGAUCAAUAGACUUCAUUAUCGAUGGAGAAUAGCCUUGGCCUGAUUCCGUGUUCUGUAGCCUCUAGAAUCGAAAGAAAAUGACAGUUCGGAAAAAUCGGCUAAAAUCUGUGAUGGUACCCCUUUAGAAUCUGCCAAAAAUUGACCCGGAAUUAAUCCGUCCAAAUCGGUGCUUAUUGGACUUAAUCAUCGUUGGAGAAUAGCCUCAGGCCGAAUCCAUGAUCUGUAGCCUCCAAUAUCACAAGAAAAUGGCAUUUAGUGGCCCAAAAAAUUACGAAAAUGCCAUCCAAAAAUAAAUUGGCCCAAAUUGGUGCUUAAUGGACUUAUCAUCCGUGGAGAAUAGGAUCAAUAGAUUUCAUUAUCGGUGGAGAAUAGCCUCGGCCUGAUUCUGUGUUCUGUAGCCUCCAGAAUCGAAAGAAAAUGGCAUUUCGGAAAUAUCGCCUGAAAUCUGUGAUGGUACCACUUUAGAAUCUGCCAAAAAUUGACCCGGAAUUAAUCCGUCCAAAUCGGUGCUUAUUGGAUUCAAUCAUUGUUGGAGGAUAGCCUCAGGCCGAAUCCGUGAUCUGUAGCCUUCAGAAUCGAAAGAAAAUGGUAUUUCGGAUAAAUUGCCCGAAAUCUGUGAUAGUACCCCUUUAGAAUCUGCCAAAAAUUGACCCGGAAUAAAUCAGCCCAAAUCGGUGAUUAAUGGACUUAAUCAUCGUUGGAGAAUAGCCUCAGGCCGAAUCCGUGAUCUGUAGCCUUCAAUAUCCAAAUAAAAUGGACUUUCGUCGCCCAAAAAAUUACGAAAACGCCAUCCGAAAAAAAUUGGCCCAAAUCGGUGCUUAAUAGACUUAUCAUGCGUGGAGAAUAGGAUGAAUAGACAAAAUUAUCGAUGGGGAAUAGCCUCGACCUUAUUCCGUAAUCUGAAGCCUCGAGAUUAGAAAGAAAAUUGCAUUUCGGAAAAAUCGCCCGAAAUUUGUGAUGGUACCCCUAUGGAAUCUGCAAAUAAUUGACCCGAAAUAAAUCUGCCCAAAUCGGUGCUUAUUGGACUCAAUCAUCGUUGGAGAAUAGCCUCAGGCCGAAUCCGUGAUCUGUAGCCUUCAAUAUCAAAAGAAUAUGGCAUUUCGUUGCCCAAAAAAUUACGAAAAUGCCAUCCGAAAAUAAAUUGGCCCAAAUUGGUGCUUAAUGGACUUAUCAUCAGUGGAGAAUAGGAUCAAUAGACUUCACUAUCGGUGGAGAAUAGCCUCGUCCUGAUUCCGUAUUAUGUAGCCUCCAGAAUCGAAAGAAAAUGGCAUUUCGGAUAAAUCGCCCAAAAUCUGUGAUGGUACCCCUUUGGAAUCUGCCAAAUAUUAACACGGAAUAAAUCAUCUCAAAUUGGUGCUUAAUGGACUCAAUCAUCGUUGGAAAAUAACCUCAGACUGAAUCUGUGAUCUGUAGCCUUCAAUGUCCAAAGAAAAUGGACUUUCGUCGCCCAAAAAAUUACAUAAAUGUCAUCCAAAAAUAAAUUGGCCUAAAUCGG